AGUCCAAAUCAACUCGAGGGCAUUGAGUUUUUGUGUGUGUGUGUUAGUGGUACAGGUUUAAAGUAAACCAGUCUUAGAGCAAUACUUGAGGUUGUGUUGCUAACCAGAUAGUCCAACUUGACCUCUGGUUCCUGAUGACCAAUUUCAGAAAUGAUUCCAUUUUCAUGUAAAGUACAGAAAGAACCACAAAAAACAACCUCCAGAUGGACUCAAGAGAAAGUACCCUUAAAAAAAAAUUUCCGUUCCUAUCAGAAGGCAGACCAAGAGGAAAUUUAUCCUCCCACCCACAAAUUCCCCAGUAAGCUUUCAUCUAGCGGUUUUCACUCUCUUUAGACAGGAAGCGGGCACCCUCUUCUCUGAACCACUUGUUUCUUCAAUGGCACAUUUCAGAGAAUAAGACACCCAUCUCAAGAGUGCCAUGGGCCUCCGGACCACUAAACAAAUGGGCAGGGGCACCAAGCAGCCCCCUGCUCACCAGGAGGGAAGUGAGAACGAGGAAGAAGCCGGCGGAGACGCAGGAAGGAGGAGCUGGAGCAGGAGGAGAGCGCAGAACCGCGGCGGUUUUCUCGGGCGCGUAGGGGAAGCAGGACUUUCCAUCCCGGGCGCGCCGCUCUCCUCCCGCGUCCCGGAGGCCGCCCACCCCCGCUUGGGCGCUCGUCGGCUCCACCCCGCCCCCAUGGCCUCUCCAGACGACCCUCUGCGCGCAGAUCAUGGGGCAAAGGAGCCAGUGGAGGAUACAGAUCCUAGCACUUUAUCCUUUAACGUGUCAGACAAAUAUCCCAUUCAAGAUACCGGACUCCCUAAAGCCGAGGAGUGUGAUACACUUACUUCCGACUGCCCACCGAAUUCUGAUGAGCAUCAUCAGGGAGAAGAAAAUGGCUUUCCAGACAGUACUGGAGAUCCCCUUUCAGAUUUAAGCAAGGACAUAUCUUGUAAAGAAAAUUGUACAUGUUCCUCAUGCUCGCUCCGGGCCCCCAACAUAAGUGACUUGCUCAAUGACCAGGACGUAUUAGACGUGAUUAGGAUAAAGCUGGAUCCCUGUCACCCGACAGUAAAGAACUGGAGGAAUUUUGCGAGCAAAUGGGGCAUGCCUUAUGACGAACUGUGCUUCCUGGAGCAGAGGCCCCAGAGCCCCACGUUGGAGUUCCUGCUUCGGAACAGUCAGAGGACGGUGGACCAGCUGAUAGAGCUCUGCAGGCUUUACCACCGGGCUGACGUGGAGAAGGUCCUGCGGAGCUGGGUGGAGGAGGAGUGGCCCAAGAGGGGCCGCGGAAACCACCCCCAGCACUUCUAGAGUCCUCCUCCUUCCUUCCUUGGCCUCUGCGGACAUUGAAACCACCACGGGUCAAGGAGAAAUGUUAAUCUGUUCUUUUUUACGAGUUGAGGAUAAAAGGACGUGGAACAGAGGACAUUUGUUUUCCCCAAGCAGGUGGUUUUGUGGAGGGUAGGCUGUGAUUUGGUGGUGGAUUUUUGUUUGUUUUUGCACAUCUGUUUUUAUUUAAUAUUUGAAUCUAGAAUUGAGAAGAAAAAAAACAUAUUUUGUUGGCUCAUGUAGGAGCCAGAGCUUACAAUCAGAAUGGAUUCAUGCCAACAUGAACAUAAAAUGAUCCUCUCCCUUAAGUACUGCUAGAGAUUUCAACAAAAUAGGACCUGGAAUUGUUGAUGGUCUCCCAACAGUCAUCAUACACAGACUCUCCGUGAUCAACGGCGUUCCCACCACUUAGAAGAAAACAACACUGAGAAACCUAUUUUGUUUGUUGCUUUUUUUUUAUUGUAAAGUACUUAUGUGAUGUUGGUAUUAUGUGAUGAUUACCUUCAUAACACAUGUGCCAUCUUUUUUAUUCAAAUGCUUUUUAUAACCUGUGCAUGAUCAAAAAUGGCAUUUGCUCAAGCGUUUCUAAAAGAAAUACAAAAAUCAGUGGUUAUUGAUUGGGAGGAUACAGUCGUGGGAAUGGUGUUGACAGAGUACUCAAAAUGCCUUCGUUUAUGCGUGAUUUAUUUUCAAUAUAGCUUAGUAUUUACUUUUACAUCUUUUAUAUAAGGUGGGGUGCUUCACUCCUGAGGUGAGAGGUGAAUCUCAGUUAGGCUAAUGAAUAAGAAUCAGCUGCCCUGUUGGUAAACGGUAACCACCUCUAGCACCUGCUAUCCGAGCUUGAAACUGGACCCAGUAACACUAAAGAACAGUUCAGGGAAAAAGGAAAAAUCUGUAAUGGUAGGGAAAGUACGCAUAAAAUCCAAAUUUUCAGUAAUUUUAAACUAAAUGAAAAAUGUGGUUUGAAGAAUAUCUCAGUUCUUCUUUGAUGGUUUGAAGGGGAAGUGUGGUGAAGGAAGGCUCAUUACUAGAGAGAUCAGAUUUUCCAGGUGUUCUCUUGGGGGAAAAAGAGAGAAAGCAAAGUUUUGGUUUAGUUCACAAUUCCACUAAAGUUUUGGCAACAGAAGGAGCCCUGGUGGUGCAGUGGUUAAGUGCUCAGCCGCUAACCGAAAGGUCAAGGGUUCGAACCCACCAGCCACUCUACAGGAGAAAGAUGUGGCAGUCUGCUUCCAUAAAGAUUGUUGUUGUGUUGUUGUUAGGUGCCGUCGAGUCGGUUCCGACUCAUAGUGACCCUGUGCACAACAGAACGAAACACUGUCCAGUCCUGAGCCAUCCUUAACAAUCGUUCUUAUGCUUGAGCUUACUGUUGCAGCCACUGUGUCAAUCCACCUCGUUGAGGGUCUUCCUCUUUUCAUGGACCCUGUACUCUGCCAAGCAUGAUGUCCUUCUCUAGGGACUGAUCCCUCCUGACAACAUGUCCAAAGUAUAUAAGAUGCAGCCUCACCAUCCUUGCCUCUAAGGAGCAUUCUGGCUGUACUUCUCCUAAGACAGAUUUGUUCGUUCUUUUGGCAGUCCAUGUUAUAUUCAGUAUUCUUCGCCAGCACCACAAUUCAAAGGCAUCAGUUCUUCUUCUGUCUUCCUUAUUCAUUGUCCAGCUUUCACAUGCAUAUGAUGCGAUUGGAAAUACCAUGGCUUGGGUCAGGUGCACCUUAGUCUUCAAGGUGACGUUUUUGCUUUUCAACACUUUAAAGAGGUCCUUUGCGGCAGAUUUGCCCAAUGCAAUGCGCCUUUUGAUUUCUUGACUCUUGCUUCCACGGAUGUUGAUUAUGGAUCCAAGUAAAAUGAAAUCCUUGACAACUUCAAUCUUUUCUCCGUUUAUCAUGAUGUUGCUCAUUGGUCCUGUUGUGAGGAUUUUUGCUUUAUGUUGAGGCGUAAUCCAUACUGAAGGCUGUGGUCUUUGAUCUUCAUUAGUAAGUGCUUCAAGUCCACUUUACUUUCAGUAAGUAAGGUUGUGUCAUCUGCAUAAUGCAGGUUGUUAAUGAGUCUUCCUCCAAUCCUGAUGCCCCGUUCUUCUUCAUAUAGUCCAGCUUCUCAGAUUAUUUGCUCAGCAUACAGACUGAAUAGGUAUAGUGAUAGAAUACAACCCUGACGCACACCUUUCCUGACUUUAAACCAAUUGGUAUCCCCUUGUUCUGUCCAAACAACUGCCCCUUGAUCUAUGUAAAGGUUCCUCAUGAGCAUAAUUAAGUGUUCUGGGAUUCCUAUUCUUUGCAACGUUAUCCAUAAUUUGUUAUGAUCCACACAGUCGAAUGCCUUUGCAUAGUCAAUAAAACCUAGGUAAACAUC